CAGGCCAGCGCAGCUGCCCUCGGCACCUUGGUGUCGGCGGCCUCCACCAGCUGGGUAUGUGUCAUGGUUCUUGCACUGCUUGGAGUGAUCUCAUGAGGUGGGCGACACCCAAUUCUUGUACCGUGUUUGUGGCAACCAGCGGCCAAGACCUCUGAGCGAACCCUACAGCCUCUUUCUCCAUCACCCGUUUCACCUAGGCUCACUGAAGAUGUCUUUCUUCAGAUGAGCCUGAAGAUCAAGCAGCUGGAGAACGAGAAUCAUCGCUUGGUGAGGCAGGCUGCCUUACAAAAGACAAGGGAAGCGACAUUCCGGUCUCACUUGCACGAGUUCUUCAUUGUGGACCAUCUGGCAGCUCUAUCGAGAUCCAGCAACAGGGGGUCCAAGUGGUCUAAUGAGACGGUGAAGAAGUCGCUGCAGAUGCGAUCUGCAUGUGGCAGCUUGGGCUACGACUUGCUACUGGAGGGGAGCUUCCCAUUGCCGUCGUCUAGAACUCUAGGGCGGCGGCUUGAAGGUGAGCACUGCCCUACGGGUCCUCAGUCACUCCACGGCCACUGCCCUGCGCUUCCUGGUGGAGAAACAUGGCUGGAGCACCAACUUCCUCACCACGGCUUGGUUCUUGGAACAGUACCUGAAGGCGUCCAAGGCAGGGUCCUACGAACUGGACGAUGCCUCCUUUUACCUGGCUGACCUCGCAGACUUGGAUGUACAACCUGCUGUGCCCACCGACAUUUUUCUUGAGGAGGUAGAACUCACCAUGUCACAACCUGAGGAGAAUAGCUUUGACUAUUACGCGGGUAUGUGGUACGAAGAGUUGUAAAACAUAAUGCUACAUGUGACACGUGUGCUGCAGCUGUUCAAGUCCCCAUGGCACCUGCAAAUAGCCUCCU